GCCAAAUGUCGCCAUCGAUCAAUGACAUUUUGAGAAGUUGAAUUUAUUGAUAUAAAGUGUUAAUGUAAAUAAUAAACAAUUUCAACAUAAACGUCGGCUUUCAGUCGAUAUGUAUGCAAAGGGCAAAGGCUCUACGGUACCUUCGGACGCUCAGGCUCGCGAGAAGUUGGCCCUAUAUGUCUACGAGUACUUACUACAUGUCGGGGCUCAGAAAGCGGCGCAGACUUUCCUUUCAGAGAUACGAUGGGAAAAGAACAUAACACUCGGUGAGCCGCCCGGGUUUCUCCAUUCGUGGUGGUGUGUUUUUUGGGAUCUGUACUGCGCCGCGCCAGAGAGGCGAGACACUUGUGAACACUCAUCUGAAGCGAAAGCGUUUCACGAUUAUGGAUUCGUUAACUCUGGAUAUGGUGUCAAUGGCAUCGGUCACAACGCUGGCCCGGCGCCUCCAAAUGACGGAAUGGGCGGAGGUGGUAUGCCACCCGGUUUCUUCCCUAACUCUUCACUCCGACCGUCACCGCCCGCCCCACACCCCGGAUCACAGCCAUCACCUCAUGGACCUCAGCCUCAGCUAAUGGGAACAGGACAACCAUUUAUUGGCCCUUGGUAUUCUGGUGGACCAAGAUCAGCAGUUAGGAUGGGCAUGGGAAAUGAUUUUAACGGGCCUCCAGGUCAGGGUAUGAUGGGCAACUCUCUAGAACGUGGCGGCGGUGGUGGCGGGGGCGGCGCGGGCAUGCUGGGCGGGCCGCGCAUGACGCCUCCGCGCCCCGGCAUGGGCCCCAUGAGCCCCGGGGCCUACGCGGCUGGUAUGCGCGGCCCUCCACCCCAGGCUCCAGGUAUGCCACCGAUGGGAAUGGGGCCGAGGGGUGCAUGGGCCGGCGGCAGCGGAGGCGCCGCCGGCGGUUCCGCCCCACUCAACUACAGCGGAGGCUCGCCCGGCGCGUACGGUGCGCCGCCAGGCUCGAACGGUCCCCCUGGGCCUCCCACGCCGAUAAUGCCAAGCCCCCAGGACUCUUCUAAUUCCGGCGGUGACAACAUGUACACGCUGAUGAAACCCGUGGGCGCUGGAGCCCUAGGGGCGGAGUUCCCGCUCGCCGUCGAGCACGGGCCCCCGUCGCAGCAUCUCUCGCAGCCCUCUGCAGCCGAAGGACUCGGCGGCGUGGACGGCAUGAAGUCUUCACCGGGCGGCGUCGGUGGCGGAGGGCCAGGGACACCGAGGGAAGACUCCGGAUCCGGAAUGGGCGAUUAUAACUUAAGUUUCGGCGGACCGGGUGGCGAUCAGAACGAUCAAACUGAAUCAGCUGCCAUCUUGAAAAUAAAGGAGAGUAUGCAAGAAGAAGCGAAACGGUUCGAGAAGGAUCCAGACCACCCGGACUAUUUUAUGCAGUGAAUAUAAACAAAAACGUCGACUCGUCUGUACAUGGUACCCCAUCGGUGGUACCCUACCUCGGGCCUCUGCGACCGCGACGGAGACGACGGGUUGACGUUAAUUUUAUUUGCGUUCCAACGAUCUGACGUUCGGAUUUAUUUAAGCUUCUGUCGUUCGCAAAUUAUUUAUUAGUUUUAAUUAAUUAAUUAAUUAAUUUUAUUAUUAUUAUCAUCGAUAUGUUUCAUUUUUUUUUUUUGAUGGUACUUUUAUAGUUUUAUUUAAAUUUUAAACAAUAUAAAUUACUUAAAUUUCAUGUUGUUACUGUCACUAUAGUGGAAUGCCUUUGCCCGUUAUAUGGGUAAAUAAAAAAAAAAUAAUUGUCAAUGUCAAAUAUCUUUUAUACAAUAACGGCUGUACUUAUAAAUAUUGCUUAGCGGAUGUUUAGUUAAAUAAUGUUGUCUUCGUCUUUCGUAUGUCAAAUCAAUGAUAGAAAGAGAGAGAUCGAUGUUUAACUCAACAGUCGCUGAGCAAUGUGAGGCCGUUACUCUGCGUCAAUCAAUAUCUUGGUCUUGAUAGUCCGGUCUAUUUACCUGAGACGAAAUGCUCCGUGAUCGAACGUGUAACAUUGAAGUGACGACGGAUUUACAAUAAAAAAAUAAUAAUAUAAACUGUAUUUGCACUAACUAACGUGUGAUGUCUUCGAAUGAUUUAUGUCAACUUUAAAAAAAAAAAAAAUUGUCGUCAUCCGUUGUUACAAGUUUAUGUCAAUCGUGUUUUUAUUUUAGUGUAUUUUAGUGGUCAUGAUAAACUGACAGACGUCAAUGUUUAUUCUCUAAGCGGACGGACUUUCAUAUAAUAAUAUUAAUUUGGCAAUAAAAUGUCUACAGUUUUUUCGCUAAGCUGCCAUAUUUCGUCCUCAAAGUACUUACAAAAGCAGUUUGUUUUUUUUUUUUUUUUAUUUAUAUUGGAGUUGCUCCGAAUAUUCGAAAAAAUUACUAUUCAGCCAAUUAAUCUACGAUAGUUUGGUUAUUAAUUUUUUUUUUUUUUAUUUCAAUAAAUUUCACUGAAUAUUCUGUAUAUAAUAUUCAUUGCAACUCUAAUAUAUAUGACGUCAUGAGAAAUUCAAAAUUAAAAAAGAAAAAUAUUUGUAUUUUAAUGAAAAGUAUCAUCAAAAUGUUUUGAUAUAUAAAGGCACUUGCAAUGAGAAAUAGUAAAAAUUU